CGCGGCCGGGCCGGGAGCGGGGGCUCGGGACGCGGCGGUCGCUCCUGUCCCGCAGACUGAGGCGCUUCUCUCCCCGCAGGUGCGGCCAUGGCGGACUCCACGCAGAACGGGCCCGUGCCAGGCGGGGCCGGCGGCGGGGCCGUGCAAUUUCUGAUGGCUAACAAGUUGGAUACAGCAAUGUGGAUUUCCCGCUUGUUCACAGUUUACUGCUCAGCUUUAUUUGUCCUGCCUCUUCUAGGGUUGCAUGAAGCAGCAAGCUUUUAUCAGCGUGCCUUGCUGGCAAAUGCUCUUACCAGUGCCCUCCGACUGCAUCAAAGGCUACCACACUUUCAGCUUAGCAGGGCGUUUCUGGCCCAGGCUUUGCUGGAGGACAGCUGCCACUACCUGUUGUACUCCCUUAUCUUUGUGAAUUCCUACCCUGUUACAAUGAGUAUUUUUCCAGUUCUGCUGUUCUCAUUGCUUCAUGCUGCCACAUACACAAAGAAGGUUCUUGAUGCACGAAGUUCAAAUAGUUUGCCUUUUCUGAGAAAUCUCUUAGAGAAACUGAGUGCUAAUCAACAGAAUAUUCUAAAAUUCAUUGCUUGCAAUGAAAUUUUCCUCAUGCCAGCUACAGUUUUUAUGCUCUUCAGUGGACAAGGGAGCCUGCUCCAGCCAUUCAUUUAUUAUAGGUUUCUUACAUUACGCUACUCUUCUCGGCGAAAUCCAUACUGUCGGACUCUCUUCACCGAGCUCAGGAUUGUUGUUGAACACUUAAUAAUGAAGCCCUCGUGCCCUGUUUUUGUAAGAAGACUAUGCCUCAGCAGCAUUUCCUUUAUAAGCAGAUUGGCACCAACUGUUGCAUAGCCAGAUUUCAGGCACUCAUGUUUUGUGAACAUUAUGAGCAGCUGGCACUUCUGCUGAUGAUUAGAAAUUUUUGAUUUUACACUGAUCUCACUCCAGGCUGUAUAAAAAUAUGUAUAUGCUUUUCUUGGAGAUAAUAUGAAAUUUAGCAUAUCAAAACCAAAUAAUGGAAACUUAAAAUUACUGUGCUGUAUUGUUAAUUGGUGAAAAAAAUUAGCUGCAUCCUUUCUGAAACAUACCCAGUCGUACAGGUGUGGGUUUUUUUGUUGUUUGUUUGGUUGUUUUUUUUAAUCAAGGAUUGUUUGAGAUUGAUUAAAACUAUAAGAGGUCUAUGCUCACUUGGCUUAUGUUAGUGGGAACUAUAGCUACUGUAGGAUAUCUCCAGUGGAUAGCAGUUGGUACACAUACCUAUGCAGUACACUUUGGACAGUAUUCUUCUGCUUACUAAAUGUAUCUGUAGAACUAUUUUGUCCAAUUUAAUAUACUCAAUGUAGAGAUAUGGCCCACUUUGAAGUUAACACAAGGGAUUAAAAUCUAUCAAGCUGACACAGAUAACACCUUUUCUGAAGGAGAGGUUAUUUUUAUUAUACUACUUAAAAAGAACUCUUCCAAGUUCCUACCUUGUGAUGUAGUCUUACAUUACACUGUUGGAAGAAAUACCAAGACUCUGAUCACAGAAAACUCUGCAGUUUUCUUGUCAUAACAAGAUGCUUUACCAAGCCAAACUGCUGACCUGUAGGCUUUUCAGCCAAAGAUAUAACUUUUAACCAUGUCUCGAAUUAAUCAAUGUAAAUGAAGUAACUUUUGCAGACUCAUUGCAGAUUUGUUUAUAUGUCCACAAAAUUUGAGACUGCAGUAAUUCAAGCAUGUUAGCUUUUUAGAAAAUUAAUCUGUAGCUAGUUCUAUAUAAAUUGUUAUUCCAGUUUCUGAGCCUCAUUGUGGUGGGAAAUUUGCAUAAAGGAUUGAACCUGUUUAGUCAGCUUCUGAAACAAAUGCAUGUAAGAUUUCUUGGCAUAAAUUCAUCUGAUGACUGACCUGAAGCCAUGUCAUGACUACAGAAGUGAAUAUUAAAUUGGGUGAAUAUUAAAUUGAGUGCUGAUUAUAUAUUCACCCAGCAGCUGAAAGGUAGGUUGUGGAAAACUAAUAUUAUCUGUCUGAACAAAACUUUUUUCCAUAAAUUCAAGGCAAAAUAUUUGUCUAAUCUUCUGUAGUUAAUGUUAGUAUUCUAAUUGCAUAAAAUUAAAGGGCCUUUUGUAGACUUCUAUAGCACUGAACUUAACUAUUCUUCCAUGGUCAGAGAAAUCUUAUGUGAAACAUUUUCAAAAACAGUCUUGAAGUAGAGUAUUUUCCUGUAACUAUUGAGUUAUCUUGUUUGUGAUGUGGAUAUCAUUCAGACUUUUCAGUUGUAUUAGUUUGUUAGAUCAGAGCCAUGUAUUUAUAAACUAAUUUCAUUUUUUUGCUCAACCUCUUGGUAUUGAUAAACCAGUUGCUAAUUGAAUAUGAUAUUCCUUGACUACUUGUCCUGCUCUCUGAACAUGAUUAGCUGUUUAUAGAACACUUGCACACUGCAGAAGCAACUGCAUGCAGUAAUGCUCUACAGCUGCUAAAGACUUGCAAUGAGUUUCACUACAUGUAUAUCCUGUAAUUUGAGGAUUUUAUAAAAACUAAAAUUUCUACUGCAAUAAAAGGAGUGUUAAAUGUAACUUGCUAGGCUCUUCAAGCUUAUUUUCUCUCUAACAGAACAUACUGAUGCUUGAACCUGGAAGUUGAGCAGAAUGCUUUCCUGUGUGUAUGUGUGCAUGUUCUUAUAUUCCCACUGCUGCUUUUGAAUUGGGAUAUAAUGGCUCGUACAUUUCUAGAUUAUCUUAUAGGGAAUGUUUGCCUUCUAAAGUACAAAAAUAUAUGACCCUUUCUUUCAAAAUCUAACCCCAAAAUAAGCACUGCAACAAUGGUAUCUAAUCAGAGCAAAAAGUCUAGACCUACUUAUUACUGUUUCAGUUCCUCAGCACAAUCCUAGACCCUGUUUCAUGAUACAGGAUAUGUUUUUAGAGUGGUGACCUCAGAUUCUCUUCAGCUCUUUGGACCAAUCUGAUUUAAAAAUUUUAAUUCGGUCAUCCAAGUUGGUCCCCCGUGCUGGGAGUGGAAGGCAAAUAAAUCUGUAAUUAAUGUAAGCAGAAUAACAUGUUACUUCUGAGCAAAUUUUUGUGGUCUGACUGCAGUUACAGUUGCAGCCUACUAUUCCUUAAUUGUAUGAUGUUAUUAAAUAAGAGAUGAAUCUAAACUGGAUCCGAUAUAUUGCAACUGUAACUGAAGGAUGUUAAGUCUUGAGAUCCAACUCUAGGAAUGGAUGAGAUAUAUUAAAAGGAGUAAGUGAAUGACAAUGACUGAGUUGAGAGUUGGAAGACAGUGCCAUGAAGUAGAACUUAAAUGUGGAUGCUGAAUUUCUUGUUAACUCUUUCCAUUAAGUCUUAAAAAUGGACUCCUUAAAGAGGAGAAAGAUGUUUCGUAAAUGGGAUUUGAUUUAAUAUGAUUUGGCUAGUAUAUUUUUGGCUUUGCAAGGAUUUGCUUGACAAAUGAGCAACUUGUGGCCUGGGAAAACGUCUCUGAUGUGCCAGGAAAACAUGGAACAGUGGUAUAAGAAUAGUGUUCAAACCAAAUAAAUAGGGCAAUUGACCUGUACUCUGCAUCAGCUUUGAUCUUUACUGCAGCCUUUUGGCUGCCUAAGCUAUAACCCUGCAUUUCCUCAAUACUGGCAAAAACAUUCUGUCCUUGUGCCUGCUUACUUGCCAUGGUUUGUGACUGCUUCUACACUAACAAUUAAAUUAGAUGUGAAUUGCUGGUUGUGUCCUGAUAGCUUGAGGUUUUCUGGUGAAGAGAGCUGUAUGUUCAUGCUGCUGUGCUGUCAACAGCUAGCUGUGAUACAGAGGCUGUGACAGAAGUCAGUGAUCAUAGAGAAAUUGUGCAACUGACCAUAAAAUACCUGUCAACCCCAAAUGUGAAGCAGAAGAGUUUUUGUUUUACUGAAAGGUUACCUACCUGGUGUUAGGUAACUGUUUCCACUGGUAUAAAUCACACCGGUCAUUGCUUUUUGUUAUCUCAGCUUUCGUAAGAUAAGUGCUGUUGCAUAGAUUCUGUGAGUAGACCCACCCCUUGCUCUGCACAAACAAGUAGAAAUGAAGCUCCAUCAUAACAGUUUCUGUUGUCACCUGUAGGUAAAUAAAGUAUCAAGAGCCGUUGAGACUUUUGGAAUAGCUAAUGCCAGCUGGGAUUUCUUACACACCAAGUAACUCACCAAUACAUCCAUCCUUUCCUUUAUUGCCUUUUAUUUAAUUUUAUACUUUUAUUAUAAUGUCUGUGCUGUCAGUUUUAUAUUUUGCUCCCUUCUUUGAUGGAUGCUAACGGCGAGCAAUAUCUGUUAAUAUUUUAAGUUGCAUGUUUUAGGGAUUUAAAAAAAUCCAUUACAAUCAUGAGCCACUAUUUCUUCCAACAGUUUUUGAGCUGCUAACUAUAUAUGUUAUAGUACUGUCCAAAGAAAUAAUGUGUUUGGUUAUUUUGUGCAGUCUGUGUUGGACUGUUUUUCGUUUGGCACCUGUAGUGCAACAUUCGCUUACAGAUCCCGUGUUUAUUAAGGAAGUAUAGUUCCUGUCCCUUUUAUAGACAGGAAUGGAGACAUGGAAGAAAAGACCACUUUCCUGAGGGGUUGUAAGAGCUCUGGCAGAGCAGAAAAUAGGACAGAGAGUUGGACAAGUGCCCAGAGGAAACUGAUUUGUUUCUACACCACAUACGACUUGUUGGUCCUGCUCCCAAAAUUAUAUAAACUGCUGGCUUAAAUACUUAAAAAAGUACUGUACCUUACAGUGCUCAGAUUAAGGGCAGAAAAGACAUUGAGCUAGACAGCAUGCCUUUUUAAAGCAGUAAUCAGAAAUCAAAAAUUGAUUUCUGUUUGCAAGAGCUAGGUAUGGUCCCUUGUAUCAUCAUCUCUGCACUGAUGAAAAAUAAUGCAACAGAACAAGAUGGAAAGCAACGUGCUAAAUGGUAGUAGGGUAUGCUAAUCUUGUCUAAUUUUUAAUUGCUGCAGUGCAUCUAUUACGGUUAAACUAUAUAUAUGGAAAUUGGUUAGUGUAUCAUUGUACUGUAACUUCUAUUGUGCUGUAAUUUCCUUAAAGUCACAGGAACAGUCAGGCCUCACUGUUCUAAAUCGCCUUUUAAGGACAGAACCUUAAGCAAUCCUUUGUUUCAAAGCUACAUUAUCAGAAUGGAUAAUGUAAUAGAAUUUAAUCUUCAAUGUGGAUUCAAAAAUCUUUUUCAUAAAAUGUCAGCAUUACUUACUAACUUCUCUGCAGAAGCUAGUUCUGUGAUAAUGGCAGAUGCUGUGCAGGUAAGGGAGUUUCAUUGCUUAGUUCUGUGCCAUCCAGAUGGUAUAAACUUUUAAAAUUAAUUGAAAAAUUCAUCUUUUACUUGUAUUCAAGGACUGAGGCACAAAAUGCUAAUGUAAGGGCUCAGAGGGGAAAUAUAGUUCUCCUGCAUAUUUGAGAAAAUGUGAAGCCCUUUCAAGAAAAUCUAAUAAACAUAAUAAUCGCAGGCUGCUGACACUAAGGAAAAAGCACCUCAUUCGCUCUUUCUUUUAUGCAGCGAUUUACUGGUCCCUACUGAUUUUCAAAUUGGAUCACUGCAGUAAAUCAUCCAUACCAGUACCUGUGAAAGAAAGCACUGGGAUCCAUAUUUGUUCAGUGCUGUGCUUAAAUCAGCAAGAAUGAUAAAUUUGAUGGUAUGAAAUUGGAAAUAUCAAGGGCUUUUCUCAGUGAGUGAGCAAGUAUCUCCAUUUGUAAUUUAUUGUGACCCUUUUUCACUGUAUGUGCUUUGUAUGUCAAAUAUUUAUUUUGAAACAAAUUAAAUUGUUUUCUGUAUUGAUACAGCUAUGGUUUUGUUCUUGAAAUCAGAGUGUAUAUUUUUUUCUAGAUUUUAAGUAUUAUCAGUGUUGUGUUGCAAAACAGCACUUGUUUAAGUUCAAAUCUCUGAGUGACUUUACUGACCAACAGCUUUUUCUGUUAAAUGUUUUAGGUGCAUGUUGGGUGUUGGGUUUGGUUUUGUGUGUGUGUGUGUAUGUUUAGAAUAGGGUAGGAUGCAGUGAGCUAUUGCGGCAUCUCAUUUGCUUUUUCUAGAGAAACAUGAAGAUUAAUGUGUAUGUCAAAACAAAAAAAGCUGAUCCCCGUCUUUAAGUCAUUGGAACUAUUCUGCUUUACACCUGGCAUAGUUAACCCCAAGUUCUGUGGGGAAAAAUCUAUGCAUAUGCUCAGUUUACUGCCAUAUUUUCAGUGCAGGUGUUAAUAGAGAAAGUUGUACACCUGUGUUUUGGCAGGAGUCCUGCCCUUUUAAUUUUUAAAUAGGUUAUUUUGUGACUGAUUACAUCCCACUACCUAAGUGCCACUGCUGAACUGAAAAUGAGUUGUGACUAGCGCUUACUUGGAAUUUAUAUCAGUAUAAUAAUAAUUUGUUUUGCAACUUAUAAGCAAAACUGUGAACUGAUGUGGUUGAUAAUAUGACCCUAUGUUACUCUCUUCUUCUGGGCUAGGCUUAGCUCAUUUGUGAUACCACAUUUAGUAGCGGACGUCUGUUCAACCCCAGGGCCAACCAGCUGGGCUUUAUUCUACCACAGCUGGCUCCCCCCAUACAGCUGCGGUUUUGUAAAAACAGUAGUGUGAAUUGUAUUUUAAGGAACCAUGAAAGACUUUGAUCUUCAUUUAAGAUAAUUUGAGUUCAUCUCUAUAUCAGUUUCCAUGUGUCUGACCAGGAUAUCUUGCUUUGAGGCAAGUGAAGUUCUGCAACAGUCCAGACUCUCGCCUUGGGUGAGAAAAUUGGUUUCCUUGAACAAGUGCUGAUCGUGGUAUUUUCAUUUGCUCUAUGUGUUCCUAUGAAUAUUCACUCAGGAUCCUUUGCUAAUGUGAAGAGGAAAAGUAUGUUAGAUGAAGACAGUGCAUCAGUUAUUUGAGAUAUUGCACAGGAAAAUUAAGCUGAAAAUCAGAAAUUAAAAAAAGUUCUGGGCUAAAGGGCUAAAGCAAAGUCAACUAUAGUUUUCACACAGGUAGAAAUGCAACAGAAAGAGAAGGAAGAAGAAUGGGGAUAAAAAUAAUGAAAAUGCAGAAAAGUUAAUUUCUAUGCUAAAAAGAGGUCUGGAAAUCCUAGUGGUUGUUCUGUUGCUUUCACAAACCCCAGUUCACCAUUCAAGGUUUCAUGCAAUCAGAAUCCUCUGAAUACUACUUAAGUUUUCAAGCUGUAAAAUUAUUUCAAAUUUAUUCUCUAUUAAAAUACUGUUGGAAUAGCACGUUCAGAUGCUGUGCAUGAACUGACAGGCUAAUCUUGGUUUACUUAAAAUGGAAAAUAGCUGCAGUGGAAUUAUGUAUUCUUUUCUAUUGUGUUUGAAGAUCCUAUAGUGGAAAAGUGAAGAAAUAAAUGCUUUGGUCUAUAUUA